AUGGGCCCUGUGAUCCCGACUGAGGUUGUCGAGCGUGUCAUUGACAACCUCUGGGACGACGUCUCCACCCUCCACAACUUCUCCCUUACAUGUCGCGAUCUCGCACCUCGUAGUCGCUACCAUAUUUUAAGCAAAAUCCGCAUUGUAGGCCAAGGGCAGCUCAACUCCGUCCUCAAUCUUCUCAACGCAAAUCCUGAUAUCCCCUCCCUGGUUCGAUGA